CCCUGGGAUCGUUCUCGCGGCUUCAUUUGUGGUCAUCGAGACAAGACGUCAACCCCGACUACACCGCCAGCCAGUCCCAUGGUUCUUGUCGAAUUCUCUUUCCGACCUGUCCUGUUCCGUUCGUUUAGGCAUCCCGAUCACAGACCGCUCCGACUGGGAGAGACGAAAUCCUCACCCUUUGCGCUGGCAUCCAUUGCGUUUGGUUCGCCCGUCUUUUCAACGUUGCAGCGAUAAUAAUAAUAAUGGCCCCUCACUGCCAGCGGAUCCCGAUCUUUUAUCGCAUCUUCCUGCUCUACGUGGAACCAUUCUUCAGCCUUAUAGGGGCCUUCUAUGCGGGAGUGCGACCCCAAGCGUACCUCCAGCUGACGGAUCUACGGUCAGCCCCGCUGCUGGAUAUCCCCGUGGGCACGGAGGUCGUGUUGCGACAGUUGGCAAAUCUGUACUUGCUCUUUGCGCUGAACGAAGCCAUCGUGUUGCGAGUCACAGAUGAUGUCCGUGUCUGGCGUGCGCUGUUGGUAGGCCUCUUGAUUGCGGACUUCGGGCAUCUGUAUAGCUUGCUUCCGCUGGGCCUUGAUGUCUACUGGAAGAUCCACCAUUGGACGGAGAUGGACUGGGGUAAUGUCGCCUUCGUUUAUUUCGGGGCCGCUACGAGGAUUGCCUUUCUGACGGGCGUUGGCUUUUCCGCUCGCUCCUCCACGAUGGACGGACAGCGGAAAGUGAAAUGAUUUGGUUACUCGAGCACACCACGUCUUCUUGCUGGCAAUGAUUUUCGUAUUUCUGGAUAUCCCCAUUUAUUAUAAUUGUGCACUAUGAUUGAAACAUCCGCUGGUCGGCCAAAUCAUCUACAAGACAAGAUAAGCGCCCCAGACCCGGGGACCUUGUGGGAUAACAUCGCACAAGUAUAAAAGAACCCGUUCCUAUAGUUUCCUCUACAUCUGUAUAUUUCAAUUUACACGACAUGCUGUCGUCUUCAUGCUUUAUAUGAUCCUUUACUUGAUUAUUCAUUCUUAGACCGCUUCUUUGAGUUCAUAUCGUCAUCAGCAAGGGGCU